ACAGAUGUCAGAACGAACGAAACGAAACGAAACCAUAACAAAUCAGAAGAAAGACUGAUCCAAAGUUUGAGAGCGUUUAAUUAAUAAUAAAUUUGUUCUUAUGACGACUGGAAUAAAGAAACUGACCAAAGCUAACAUGACCGAGGAGCUCUCGGGCGUCACAGUUGUCAUAAUCAUAGGUUUAGGUGUUUUAACAUUUAUUCUAUUAUUCAUCUUUGCUAAGAGACAGAUUAUGAGAUUUGCACUAAGAUCUAGAAGAGGUCCUCAUGUUCCUAUUGGACAUAGCGCGAAAAAAAUGCUCAAAAAGGAGAUUGAUAGACGUAUAGAUUUGAUACCAAGAAUUUCCACAGAACCCCAUCUAUUGCUCUCUGAUCCUAGAUACAUAACUCAACAAAUUCCUGUACAUUACUAUAGGCUUAAAGCAGUGGAUAAUGUCAAAAUGUUAGAAAAUGAAAUUAAGCAGCAAGAUCAUGCACUAUUUAGACAUCCGAGCGAGAAUUUAAGGGCUUACCUGCUCACAACAUUAGCUGCACCAUUAAAUGGUAGUGGUCAACGGCUCAUUCAUCAGUUCUGUGAUUUGUAUGAACAUGCAAGACAUGAUCCUAGUUACUUUGGUGAAGAAGAGUUCAAUGCGUAUUCACGAUUAUUACUGAAACUCAUUGAUGCGGCGAAACUAUUGAAAUCUUCAAGCAACAGCAGAAAAUCCUCUCCAAAUCGGACACCGCAAAGACUGAGGAAUCUGGAAAAGAACAGGAAUCUUCUGGAUCCUUCGAGAUUACGUCCACUUUCUGGUUCGAUUACAAAAGAAGAAAUAUUAACAUCCUCCGACCGAGGAUUGAGACCGACGACGUUGAUAGUUCCUGUUUUAGACAAUGAAACUUCUGUUUGAAAAGAAGCAACCAAUUUAGACAACAUACGUGAUUAAAAUACAUUUUUACAAGUACACACGUUCGUGGUUACUCCAAAGCAAUAAUUGUAACUGUGCAUUUAAAUAAACCCAAAAUAAAAAAAUUAGGUAUUUUAAUAUUUAUUUUUACAGUA